AUGGCGAGGACAGGCGCCAGGCCUGUGGGCCAAGUGCGGCUGUCCGCGCGGCGGGCGGUGGAGCAGGUCUGCGCGACCGGUGGCUUUGUCUUCGUGUUGCUCGACGGAGUCCUGAGUGCACUCCCCGGCAACGUGCAGUCGUCAGCGCCGGUGGAGUUGUGCAAAGAUGUGAAGCACAUGUGCCUCCACACCGGCGAUGCCGGAACCAAUGCUGAGGUGUGCGCGGCCACGCGCAAGAAGCUGGUGCUCUUUGCGCACAAUGGCAUGACCUUUGAGCAGAGACAGGAGUUCCCGACCUCCGAGGCUGCCGCUGCUUUGGCCUGGCACGGGCCGCUGAUUUGCGCCGGCUUUCGCCGCGAGUACAAGCUAUUCUCGGAGAGGACGGGGCUUGCCUUCGAAGACGUUUGCCCUCUGGAUGGCAAGCACGUGCCACGGAUCGCCGUCCUUUCUGGACGAAAUGAGCUGCUGCUGCUUAUUCAGGAGGGCGUGGGCCUGUUCUACAACCUCAGCACCAAGCAGCCUUCGCCAAAGAAUACAAUCACCUGGCCGAGGAAGGUGACCUGCCUCGGUGCUUCCGGCAAUCAUGUCUUCGGGGCCUCUAGCGCUGGCGGCCUGGCGCAGCUGGACAUCUUCGCGGAUCAGAAGAAGUGUCAGACCCUUACCCUGGAGGGCACGAUGAUGGCCGUCUGCCACGCUAGCGAAGGCCGGAUCCUGGUGGCUGCUGAGACCUCUGUCACCUGCCUCACGCCUAUCCCCUUCCAGCAGCAGGUGGAGCAGCUGCUUGCUCAGGUGCGCACAAGCGAGGCCCUGGAUCUGAUCAAUGCCACCUACGGCCCGGAAGACCCGGAGCGGCAAGUGCAGCUGGAGAAGUGCCAUAAGCUCGCCGGCUGGGCACUCUUUGCGGACCUGCAGUUCCUCAAAGCCUUCCAGCACUUCAUGUACUGCAGCGGCUUCCGCAUCGAGGAGGUCCUGCUCUAUUGGCGGCGCUACUUGCCAGAGGAUUGGGAAGCCACUUGCAGGCCGGCUUCCGAUGGUGGCUCGGCGUCUGUGCCUGAAGUGGGCGAGCUGGUGCGGCAGAAGCUGCUGGAGCGACAGCAGGCUGGCGAGGCCGCGGUCUCCGCCAACGUGGGGCUGGCGAAUGCGGCGGCGGCCUCCUUUCUGCUGAAGCAGCGAGAGGCGCUCUUGAGUCAGGAGCGGCUGCCGGCGGAACAACGCAUGCAGGGCGCCACGCCUGCAGUGCUGCGAGCGAUUGACACCUUGCUGCUGAAGUUGCUCCUUGAGACCGACGAGGAUGACCUUCGCUUGACAGAAGUGCUGGAGCGCGGGAUCCGAUGCCGAGUGGAAGAUUGCGAAGGCUUUUUGCGCGAGCGAGGCAGACUCGACGUGCUCGCGCGUCUCUGGAAGGCCCACGGCAUGUACGACUUGGUGCUGCGCGAGUGGAGCUCCAUGUUGUCCGCUAGGACUGAUGCUCGGAUAUCCAGAGCCCAGAUCGUGAAUGAGAUGGUGGAGGCGUUGAGGAGCGUGCGCGGGGCAUCUGGCGCGGCGCUGCUGCGGAGGUACGUGCCACAGCUCCUGUCUGUGGACGCCCCUUCUGUCUUGCAGGUCUUCACUUCGCGCGGGCGGGAGGCCCUGCUCUUGCCGGACGAGGUGCUGCAGCUCCUGGAAGGCCACGAGAGCCUGGUGAUGGCCUUCCUGGAGGAGCUGGUCGCCAGGAAGGAGGCGGAGCCCCGGCAUUGCGCGCGCCUGGGCCUCGCUUACGUGGCCAAGGUGGAGGAGGAGCUGUCAUUGCCCGGAAGCGCCAAGGGCACGCCCACCCGCGCCAAGCUGCUCAGGUUCAUCGAGUCUGAGGGCAGCUCUGAGCUCCUGCCGCGUCUGGAAGCGCUGCACCUCCACGAGGAGCGGGUGGCUUUGUGCAGCCGUGAGCUCCGGCACCAAGAAGCUCUGCGAAUCUUAGCGUUGGACUUGAACGACCUGGCCCGGGCAGAAGUGUAUUGCCGACUGGUCAUGGCCAGGGCGACCAGCGAGGUCCGGCUCUCCGUGUUCAGCGCCGAGCUGCCUGCCUGGGCUCGCGGCAUCGUCUUCGGGCCAAAGAAGCCGAGUACACACAGCGACGACAAGGAUCCCGUCCAUGGCGAGGGCGAGAGGGCAAGGCCGUUGAUGCUGCUCCUGAAGAUUCUGUUGGAGGCGCAUGAAGGCGCCGCUGAAAAGCCGGAGGACUACAAGAAGGUGACAGCAGAGUACCGUGAGGCGGCGCUCUCUCUGCUCAUGGGCUACGCUGGGCACAGAGAUUUGCCCCCCAAUGAGGUGCUGGGAGUGCUGCCGGCACACUGGUCAUUGGAGGGCGUCGCUGACUACCUCAGCAAGAGUGCCCGCAUUUGCCUGCAUCAGCAGCGCGCCAGCAUGUUGGAGGAGAACCUGAGUUCUAUGGCCUAUCUCAAGACCUUCAGCGCCUGGACCAAGGAGCGCAUGAGGAAGGUGAGCAUCACGGUGGACCGGUGCUGCCCGGUGUGCAACAAGCGCUUUGUGGACAAGGACUCGGUGGGCAAGGCCUUUGUGGCGUAUCCCAACGAGACCUGCGUCCACUUCACCUGCAAGGAGCACCCCUCCAUUUGCCCCAAGACUGGCAAGAACUUUGCCGACAACCUGUCGGUCUACUGCCAUGCGUUGGGAGCCAGAGACGAGCGGUGA